UUGAAAUUUGUUUGUAAAUAUGUAUAAUUAAUACAACAGCUAUGGAUUUCCAGGCUGUCUGUGGUUUCAUAUGGACUGCAUGGCCCAUGUAUUUAUGCUCACAGUAAAGCAGAGCAGAGCAGAAUGUGCACUUCCAGUCUUACAGAGGGUCACCAAAGUCUGCAUUAAAUGAUAUGUGAUAUGAUGUGAAGUGAGAUGUUAUGUAUGAUAUAUCAUAGGCUCACCAAAGUCUGCUUGACUACAAGGUAAAUGUAAAGCUGAAUGUUGACGUGUGUCAAGCUAUCAAGUCCUUCAGGCCUCUCAAAAGAAAAUGGUAAAAUAUUUUGAUAGUUACAGUUAUUGUAUUCUGUGUUCCAUCACAAUGUAACAAUGUUAUAUUGGGUUUGGACCUUUAUGACAAUAUUGGUAUACGAACUCUAUAUGAUACAGCCCAGCAUAAGGAGAGUGAAACAGCAUAAUUUACCACCAAUCUAUGACCUGCUAAAAAGCUGACUCUCUGGUCACUGGUGUCUGUUGGGCUGAAUUCCACCAUCUAUUCCACUAUGUCCAAGGUCAGGAUGUAGGGUUAUGCAUUUAUGGGAGAUCUCAUAGCCCAGCCAGGCUGUAAACAUCUGCAUUAGUUAACAAAAAAUGAUGUUGUAUGGAUGCAAGCAUAGAUUUACUGUUAAUGUCAGGGAUGGGUGCAUAACAGGUGGAGCUAGGUGUGAACCUAGUUUUAAUGAUCACUUCAUGAGAGUGUCAAUGAGUGAAACUUUGUUCCAGAUUCUCUCAAUAAUAUCGAUGAAUGACCAUUUCACAUGGCAGCAGCUUUGGUGAACAUCGAAGGGUUUGAUGUGAAGCAGUUUCAUAUGAGGCACACAAUUCCCAUAAUCCCUUGCAUAGGGAAGUUUGGGAAAACGUUGGUUUCACUUUCACAUGGGAAUAAAUUGCUCGUCGAGAAAAUUGUGGCUUUUUCGUCAGUGAAAACCUGCACUCUACAUUUUGUGUUAUACUCCUUUUUAAGUGAAAUUACUCGUCGUGACAAUGGUGACUUUUUCGUCAGUGAAAACCUGCGCUCUACAUUUUGUGUUCUACUCCUUUUUAAGUGAAAUAUCAAACGCGUUGUUCGCACAGACAAAUGGGAGCAUAACUCUUAAGACGAACAAACAGCAGAUUCAGGAGAUUUUGUGGAAAUGUGAUGGUCACAAAAUAGUGGACUGGGAUAUGAAUUCAACUCCCAUUGAGUUCAGGCAGUUCAAAGGAAGGACAGCUCUCGUUCCAGAAACAGGCGAUCUUACCAUCUUCGGUUUGAAAGUAGAGGACAGUGGUGCAUAUGAAGCAGAGGCUGUUAUAGAAGGAAUUAUACACAGUGUGAAACAUAAAGUAGAAAUAAUUGACCCCGUGUCAAAACCCAUCAUCACAUGCAUGGAAAGCAAUGAUACAUCAUUUUUACACUGUCAAGCUGAAGGCCCUCAUCUCAGUUACAGUUGGUCAGGGCCUGGCCUCACCACAGAGAUGAAUGGCCAGAUUGGACCAGAUAUCAGCAAGGUAGAGACCAACUCAUUGCACACGUGUGUGGUGAAGAACCCAGUCAGUGAGAAAGAUGAGCAUUACCAAGCCGCUGACUGCUUCCUAGAGGAGGAGAGUGAGAAACCAGGACUCUCUGGGACAAUAAUCACUUUAGUGGCUAUACUGUCUGUCCUCCUGCUUGCUCUUGCUGUUGCUCUUGUGGUAUUGUAUGUUCUGAAGAGGAGGAUCCCCAAAGUGAAGUCCAAUCCAGAGGAAAUGAACCAAGUUCACAAAAAGAAGGAUGGACAAGAAGGACAGGAGAGUGUGACUGAAGUGCCUUGUGAGAAAGAAGGAGGAGGAGAUCAGACGGAGGUUAAAUCCUUGCUUGUUCACUCCAUCAUGGAUAGCCCUUCCAUGCAACAUAGUGGUAUACCACCGUAUUGUCUAGAAUAGUGUAUGGCUCAGUACACGUCAAACACUAUGGCUUGUAUCCCAUUUACAGAGCCAGGACUGUGCAAGUGUUUUUGUUAGCGCACACGAUGGACACACAGCUAGAGCAGCGGUCCCCAAACUGUUUGGUUCCCCAACACCAUGUGCAAAGAUUGAAACACUAACAAUAAUAAUACUUCUAUUAAUUUAAAAAACAGAUGAUGCCCAUCUCCUGUUGCAUAGGUUUUCUUAAACUUUGUUUCUUGUUGCAUAUUGUUGUUUAUUGUUCUUGUUCCACUAUUUCUUGCCCCCCCCCCCCCCCCCC